AUGAAGCUCCCUCCCAGCAGCCUGAGAGUGCGGCUGCCGGCCCUCGUCCUCCUCCUGGAGGCUCUUCUCCUGGCUCUCUACGCCAGCUUCGUCACCUACGACGACGAUGCUGACGCCAGGCUGCAGAACAACCACACUGACCCCAUGGACAACUCGCUGUACCGGCACUACCCGCUCUUUGCCGACGUGCAGGUGAUGAUCUUCAUCGGCUUCGGCUGCCUGCUGGCGUUCCUGCGCCUCUACGGAUUUGGCGGGAUGGUUUUCAACUUCCUGACGGCCACCUUCACCAUACAGUGGGCCGUCCUGGUGCAGGGCUAUUUCCAGUUUUACUCAGACGGCAAGAUCCGCCUGGGCGUGGCCAACCUCCUCAGUGCGGAGUUCGCCUGCGCCGUGGUGCUCAUCUCCUUCGGGGCGGUGCUGGGGAAGACCAGCCCGGUGCAGCUGCUGAUCAUGGCCCUCCUGGAGGUGCCAGUGUUCGCAGCCACGGAGUGGGCCGUGCUGAAGUACCUCAGGAUUAACGACGCGGGCGGAUCCAUCCUCAUCCACCUCUUCGCCUGCUACUUCGGGCUCGGGGUCACCUUUGUCCUGUACCGGCCGGGUGUCAGAGAUGGCCAUGCCAAGGAGGUGACCAGCUACCAGUCGGACAUCCUGUCCGUGAUGGGGACGCUGUUCCUCUGGGUGUUCUGGCCCUCCUUCAACUCGGCGGCGGCCCUCCGGGGGGACGACCAGCACCGGGCGGUUCUGCACACCUUCAUCGGGCUCAGCGCCUCCACCCUGACCGCCUUCGCUCUCUCCGCUCUGCUCAGCAAGCGGGGAAAACUCAGCAUGGCAGAUGUGCAGAAUGUCACACUGGCAGGCGGGGUGACCGUGGGGGCGGCGGUCGACAUGAUGAUCUCGCCGGCGGCGGCGUACGUGCUAGGGAUGAUGGGAGGUACCGCGUGCAUGCUGGGAUACAGGUACCUCUCUCCCCUGCUAGCCCGACGCUUCCGGAUUCAGGACCAGUGUGGCAUCCACAACCUCCACGGCCUGACGGGCCUCAUCGCCAGCCUGGCCAGCAUCUGGGCCGUGCUGACCGCCAGCGAGGAGACAUACGGCCCCAGCCUGUACCAGACCUUCGCCCACCUGGCGCCCCCAGAGGGGGACCCCAAGCUGCAGGAGCUCCGGGAGCUGAUCCCGGGCCUGGAGCCUGGUCUGGGCCGCAGCGUCAGGGAGCAGGCCCUCUACCAGGUGGCUGCCACAUUCGCCGCCAUAGGCGUGGCAGCAGUGGGCGGGGUCCUGACGGGCCUGGUGCUGAAGCUGCCAUUCCUGGCUCCACCCUCCGAUGAGAUGUGCUUCGACGACGAGCUGUUCUUCGAAGUGCCGUCCGAUUACGACAGCACAGGGGGGCACGUGUGCCCCGUCAGCCAGGAGGAUUCAAAAGCUUGA